UUUGUUUGUGUGUCCUCAUUUCUCUUCCCCACUGUCCUUUCUGGCUCGUGGUGUGACACAGUUGUGAAGAAAGCGCGCGUCGAGUCACCGCGAACAACAUUGAGGUCUUUAUGGGCUUGGUGGCCCCUUCCGUCCACACCGACAGGCGGCCAGACACCGCCGACACAGGCACGCACGCACGCGGGCUCCCGCCACCACUGGUUGCUUGGGGGCGGCUGCAAGCCUGAGCGGAGGUUCGUUCGUUCGUUGUAGGUUGUUGUAGCGGUAGCGCUUUUUUUUUUCCCAACGAGACGAUACACAGAAAGGUGACGGUGGUGGGAACGGCGUUGGCGAGGAGGGGUCCCGUCCCACCUCUCGCUGUCCCUUUGUGCCGCGCUCGUUCGUAGCCGACAGACGUACAAAGAGUUUGCUUUACCUUUCCUAACCCCCACCACCGCGCUCUCCCGCCCCUGCCGCGAGCAGCCAGCCAAUCGCAGCUGUCGACAUCGUCAGGGGUUAAAGGUGAAAACUAUCUGACUAGCCUAAUUAUUGUGGUUCUUUAUUCUGCGUUCACGUGGCUGAAUGUGGACCAAGUCUAGUUUUCUGUAGUACGCGCCUGUAGUAGAAAUCUAUAUAACUGGGUGACAAACCAUGAUUGUGCAAAGCUGACCUUCGAAACUUGUGGCAAGAUUAUGCUCGGUUCUCAAACUACAUUAGAUCUCUAUACUUAUUCCGUCGGUGUGUCUAGUUUUGUAAUCCAGGACAGGACUCUGUUCGCGGGCAGCGCAUGUGUAUACAGCUAUCGAGCAUCAUAGAUGAAAACAAUGUUUUAACCAAUUAGAUAGACUGUAUAUCAGACCAUUACUACUUAAAUUACAAUAAAACAGCAGGAGUGAGCUGUAAUGGGCAUGUAGACUCAUGGGCUAAGACGCUUGUGAUAAGCUGAUAUUCAACUUCAAGACUCAUUACUUGAUAAGCUCAGAACCGUGAUGGGCAAGCUUCAGGAGGAGGAAAAGUCUGACGUGAAGCGCGAGGUGGUGAGUGCGUCAGCCAACCUGGAGGUGAUCAGCCAGGAGAGCUUUGUCAAGCGUCUGGAGGGCAUGAGCUCGGCUUGCGCCAACUGCCAGCGGGAGCGGACCCGCACGCAGCGCAGCAAGCAGGGCCGCAAAGGGAAAGGGGCCAGACGCAAGCAGCAGCACUCCAAGGCCAGCACUCCCAUCGUGAUACAUCUGAAGGACACCCUGAGGAGUCCAGGGAAACAGUACCACCAGUCCAGCCUGGACCGAGAUUCCGAUGGGUUCGGCCGCUCGUCAGAGGAGGAGCAGCAGCAGUUCUCCAGCCGCAGCGCCACGGGAGUGCGGAACAGUAUUUACCACCCACAAAAAUUACGUAGACAUGGGUCUGACUAUCAACGGUUCUCAUCGUUUUACCGGGAUGUGGACUCUAUUCCAGAAUUUGUGCCAAAUAGCUAUCACCAUUUUCAUCAAGCUUGUCCCCAGUUUCACCACCAUCAUCACAUGUCACAAUCUCUGACUAGUUUUGGACCCAGCUACCAUAAAUCCCCAUUCGUGCAAUCCCAUCUGAUGAUUAAAGAUGCCAAAGAUAAAUCCAGGAAGAAUCUCACUGCCUUGAUCUCCGUCAUCGAGAAAGCCCAUCGCAAAGAGCCAAAAGACUUGGAGCUCAAUCUUGCCAAUAACUCUGCUGACACAAAAACCUUUAACAUUCUCAACAACAUUUCUGUCACUUCUCACAGUGAACAUGGGACCAAACGCCUCAACAUGGCAGAGUGUGAAAAUGUAGAAUUAAUCUGCAAUGAUUUAUCCACAACGGCUGAGAAGGUUGUGGAGAGCACUGAUGAGUCUGACACAAGCGACAAAGCGUCGGUUGUGUCCAGCUCUGACACACUAUCAGACGAUAUUGGAGAUUUGCCUUUGUUGGAUGAAGUCCGAGGUUGUGAAUUUACCCGGGACGAGCUGGAGCAGCUAGCGGAGUACACAUCCGGCGUGCCUCUCAUCAAAUACGACUGCCCACCCUCGCACUGCCCAGAGUGCGUCAACACAUGGUGCUUGUACCGCUGUUACCAGUACGAUGAUAGUGCCAGUGCAGAGGACGCAGGCUUUCUCUCUGCACCCCCAGGCUCUGAGCCUCGCCACCAGCCUCACGGCAAGCCUCAGCAACACCAGUUUCGGGGUCAGCUCCGGUCUCAUGGUCAACUCCGGUCUCACGGCCAAUACCGGCCGAACCAGAAGGCAGCUGCAGCCAUGGCAGCAGCUUUUCCACGAGUGUCUUUGUCUUCGGAUUCGGACGUGUCAUCGGAUGUUGAGGACAGCUGCAGCACUCGCUCUCUGCCUUCUAACAGCCCUCCCCCUCCAUCAUCAUCGCCGCCACCUGCGACGAUGACAUCAUCAUCAUCACCACCACCACCACCAUCAUCAUUUUUUUCCGUACCUUCACAGAGGGCUGCGACCACUUCUGUGAAAUCUUCAGCAGGCAGCAGCUCGUUGCAUGUGUCUUACACCCAGGAGAGGCCGUCUCAUCGGAGGGCCCGCCAUGUGGCUCCCCGGUGCCUCAACAUGGACUCCACUCAAGAGGACCAGGGAGGAAAUCAAAAGCCCAAGCACCAGCCACGGCCCAAGCGAGCCACGGCCAGCUGGAAGGGUGCACGGCAGUUAUGGGACAUUGAUGUGUCUCAGGCGUCCCGCCGCGCCCACCUCCAAGGCUCGGAUCACAUCACAGACUCAGUGUACAUGGAUUUGACGGGUCUGGAUGUGACCAUUUCAGUUAUCUACCACAAUGAGCCACCACAGUUCCCCUCCCCGCACCAUCACCACCACCACCACCACCACCCAGCCUCCUCCACGUGGCCGUACCCAGUGCACUCCCUGUAUCAGGCAGUUUAUUCGCCCACUCUACCCAGCCCCCAAGAGAGCUUUUCCUUCCCCUCUAGAUACAGCUACCCACUGUUCCAUCCUCUCAAAUCUGACUUUGUUCCCCUUCACGAGAUGAAAAAAUAUGAGAUAAAUACCCAACCAUCCAGACCAUGGAUCAGUGCAGGGAACCCUGACAAAGAUGUUCCAGCCGCUGUGUUCACGGUGAUGUGCUACAACGUGCUCUGUGACAAGCUGUGCACCAAGUCUAUGUACGCCUACUGCCCCACGUGGGCCCUGAACUGGGAGUACCGGAAGAAGGGCAUUAUGAAUGACAUCGUGCGAACGAGCGGAGACAUCAUCACCCUGCAGGAGGUGGAGACAGAGCAGUAUUUCAACAUGUUUUUGCCAGACCUGGCUCAGCACGGCUACGACGGGAUCUUCUUGCCAAAAUCUCGAGUGAGGACGAUGAACUCUGAAAAAGAGAAGAAAACAGUGGAUGGUUGCGCCAUUUUCUUCAAGAAACACAAGUUUGAGAAAGUGAAUGAGCACUACAUCGAGUUCAGCCAGCUAGCCACCAAAGAGGGAGCCUCCAACACGGACACAGACAUGAUCAACAGGGUCAGCACCAAGGAUAACAUCGCCAUUGUGGCUGUGCUGAGGACCAAGCCUGGCGUCUACGAGAACAGUCCCGUGCCGGCUCCCAAAGGCCUGACGCAGAUGCUGAUGGUAUCCACGGCUCACAUCCACUGGGACCCGCAGCUGCCGGACGUGAAGCUGGUGCAGACCAUGAUGCUCAUUGAGGAGCUGCAGAAGUAUGUGAAGGAGGCCUCCAUGCAGUUCCGGCCCAACGCCCCGCCCCCGUCGGUGGACGCCGGGGACCUGUGUAACAGCAUGCCGCUCAUUCUGUGUGGGGACUUCAACUCCUUGCCCGACUCAGGUGUUUAUGAAUAUCUUUCAAGAGGCAGGCUCAACGCAAGCCACAAAGAUUUUGAGGGUCAAAACUAUCAAGUGUUCAUGAAAGACCGUAAGGAUAAUGGCAUCAUCUCUCACAAUUUCAAAUUGAAAAGCGCCUACAAGGACUACAUACCCUUCACAAAUUAUACAUAUGACUUCAAAGGCAUCAUUGACUACGUCUUCUACUCAGACCAACAUCUGCGUCUCCACGGGCUCAUGGGACUGCAGGACGAGGAGUGGUUCAAAGCCAACAAGAUCGUGGGCUGCCCGCACCCAUGUGUUCCCUCGGACCACUUCCCACUGUUUGCCGAAUUUUCUCUACCAGCGACAUCAGCCCAGCACCCAAGAUAAUAGAGAGCCUUUUGUUUCUCCGUCCACGCAUCUCAUCCAUGUGUCACACGCUCCCAUUCACACACACACACUCAUACACACACAUGCACACAGAAGGAAAUGCAUUAUAUUCUCCUCUGUCAUCUAUUUUGUUACCCUCACUCAAAAAAUGUUGCUGUACGUUGAGAGUCACCUUCAACUCAUCGGACCUAGUCUGUUUGCCACGGGGCAUUCUAUGAUGGACAUGGACAUUCUUCGAUCGACACCUUACUACAGUUCAGCUGGGGUUCUUGGCCCUUACUCGUCCUCUCUCCCCCCCACCCCACCCUCAUGUUGCAUUGUUAUGUUGCUAAUUCUCUUGCUGACAGAUGGCGUGUUGAUUGUUACCAUGCUCAUGUUAUGUGUUGUCAGUCGUGCCCGCCCCCUCCAGUUGAUUCCUGUCUUGUCUUGUACUCUGCAGUUUCUGUCACAAAAAAUGGUUAUUAUUACAUAAUUCACGUGUUGUCCCCAGAAGAACGUCAAGGGUGUAAAAGUAAGGCAAUGCCUUUUAAUUUUAUUGUGCAUCUUGUGUAUUUGCAAUAUUUUUUUAAGGUCGAGAGAAUUUUUGAUAUGCCAUGCAUGGAUUCAGUUUGAAUGACUAGUUGACUUUGUUGUCGUGUCCAGCCACCUUUGCUCGUGGAAGCGUGGUUAUGUUUUUAUUUCUUUUGUAAAAAUAUUGAUUUCUGUCAACUAGGCAUAUGUGAGGCAGCGUGGUGGAA